AUGUUGUAUCUCAGGGAGUUCUUGGAUGCAAUCAAAGCUGGGGACUCUGGGUGCAUUGUCAAUAUUCUAAAGGAACACUUGAAUUUCUGGAUUAAAGUGAGCAUCCCUAUUCUUAUCCUCAGCCUCAGCACCAGCUUCAUUGGCAAUAAGGACUAUUACCAGGCCCAUAGAAGUGGAGCUUUAACCCUUGGAGCCAAGCAAGGAAACUGCCACACAAUCCUAGACGUCACUAAUGACACCGAGGAGCUCAUGGGGAGCCUUGCCCACCAUGCAGUGUACACUGAACAGCAAGGCUGUCACCUCAAUGAGGAUGAGGAUGGCCUAGUACCUGACAUCAUUUCUGAAGGCUAUAUGUCCUUGUCAUGGGGUGGUGUUACCCCUCUAAAGGAAUUCAACACCAUGCUUACAACCUUACAGCACUGCUGCCAUGUCAAGCCAUUAGUUGGUGCACACAAUGGAUUGACAUUGCCCAUGCCCAACAGUAUAGCGGCCGAGUGCAUCUCUAAUGACAACACCCCUGCCAAGGACAACACAACUGCUGAUGACACAGCAGCGAUCAGCGACAACAAUGAUGAUCACUACAGCAUUGAUGUCAAGGACACAGAUGUAGAGUAUGAGGAACCCGAGUUUGAGAAUUUUGAAGGUCAGGACUUGUCAGAAAACCUAUCAGAUUGA